AUGGCCGCUACUGGAAUGCGCUUUUGCCGUGAGUGCAACAAUAUGUUGUAUCCAAGUCAGGACCGUGAGAUUCGUCGCCUCGUGUUUCGCUGUCGAAAUUGUGGUCAGGCUGAGGAUGUGGAGGAGAACUGUAUUUAUGUGAAUGAGUUGGUCAAGGAUACCCGUGUACAGCUCGAUGUGCUUCCAGGAGAUGUAAUCGAUGAUCCAACGCUGCAGCGUGACUUUGACGUGACGUGCCCUGCAUGCGGCCAUAAUGGCGCCGUGUUUAUCCGCUCACAGGAUGGUGUAAAACAGUCGACGCUGGCCCUUAUCUGGGUAUGUUUAAACCGCGAUUGCCAGGUGGAUGAGGAGGGCAAUCGCUUACCGUCUUAUCGCUGGAUGGGAAGCUGA